CGCUGCUCGAGCCCCACGUUAUCAUCUUACCUGUUCAGGCCUGCAGCGCUCUCGCUUCGUCACGCACGUCAUUCCUGCGCAGGCCUUUUCCUAUGUACCCUUACGCUUCGACCGAGUUUCUCGGAGGUUCCCCGGGCCAUUCCUGUAGAGAAGCCGGCCCGCCGACGUGGUAUGGCGAAGGAAUGUUUCCCCCGCCUUCGCCGUCGAUGCCUUCCUGCCUGGUCUCUCCUUCUCCGUCGCCGCUGUUACCCGUGUUCUCGUCGCCGAGCCCUCCGUGGCCCACGUUCACGCCGAGCCUGACUCCGAGCCCGAACCCCACCGAGCCUUUUCCUUAUCCGACGUCUCCGUGCCCGAUGAUCGUACCUUCGCCGCCGCUCCCGUUCGCCAGCGCGGUGCCGUAUCCCAUCGUGCCGCCGCUGCCUCCAAUGCGCGACGCCGACAAAAUGAGGUCGGAUGUCGAGUCGCAUCGGCCUCAGGGCUGGGAGUCGCACCAGCAGCGGCGCAGGAAAGCAGACAAGGGCAGAGAUAAAAGCCGGCGCCGUCGCAAGUCACCGCCGUCGGCUAAGAAACACUUCGGUCAACUUCCGACCCGACGACAGCUUCGCGACUCGGACGCGACGCCCUCGUCGACGUCCAUCGGCAAGCUGCUCGCCGAGCUCGCCGCCCUCGACGGCGGCGCAAGCGCGAGCACCGCAAUGGAGCCGCCGCUACCGCGCAGCGUCAGACCCCUGCCGCUUCUCUUACCACGAAAUGGGCUGAGCAGCCUGAAUGGAGCGAGCUUUUUUCGCGUACCUCGCACUCGGCGACCGCGCGCCGAGGACGACCUCGAUGACGGCGACUGGGACGUGUGCGCGCUGAACGCCUGCGUCCCCGUGGUGCUGAUUGUGACUUGCGUGUUGCUGAUACUGCUGGGCACUGCCAACAGGCUGCUCCACAUGGUGUCCAACGAGUUUCCCAUCGCCGGAGACAGAGCGGUGCAUCGGCCGGCAGUCGGUCAGGGAUCAAGCGGCAGUGGGGCCUCCGCACGGGCCGUCGAAGUGCCAGCGGUUGCCGGUCCGCCACCGACGUCGGCGUCCAGUGUCAAGCCGCGGGGAGACUGCGCCACGGACUCGUGCCUCUGGGAAGGCCAGUACCUCUUUGGAAAGAUAGACAACAGGAUUCCGCCCUGCCAGGAUUUCUACGCGCACGUGUGCUCGGACAACUGGUUCAAGGACGCCCGGAACUUCAACUCUCACCCAUUCGCUUAUAGAGCAUCGUCGGCCGUCAUGUUGGACCUGUGGAAGCUACUGCAGAGGCAAUCUGUCAACGAGAGCACGUUCACGAGCCACGCCGCGUUGAUCUUGCGCCGCUGCGUCCCGGAGCCGAGUAAUGACGCGCCUGACUGGAGCGUCCUGCGCAAGAUAUUCGCCGACCUCAGCAUAGCCGAGUGGCCUUACGUCGACACACUGCCAAAUACGGACAUCCACAGUGUCGCGAUGGUGGCCGACAAGAUGCUCGGCUUGUCGACAGUCGUCUCCAUGCGCCUGAAGGAGCGACCAGCGGACCACGAGAUUGUGCUACACCUCGACUCGCCCCCCAUACUUUUGCGAAGGCACGAGGACGUCUUCCCGGGCGAGGACCCCAAGACGUACGAAGCCUUCGUCGCCAGAGUUCUGUCGCUGCUAAAACCGGCGCGCUCGUACACGCGCAACCUCGUCCUCGAACUUGUGCGCCUGGAGCAGAGGCUGAGCGACGCGGCCGCCCAUUCCGUGCGAAGCGUACCCGUGCUUCACGUCGUGCGCCCGAUAAUGCAGGUGCGGUCGUACUCUCACUGGAACUGGAACGUCUAUUUCUCGUACUUUCUACAGGGCAACGAAGGUCGGCACUCCAACGCCAAGAUCGUCCUGCUCGACGCCGUUUACUUCGAGCGGCUUUCGAGCAUCCUGUCUCAGGCCAGCUCGAGGUUGCUGGCCAAUUACAUCGGGUACAAGCUUCUCGUGCAUUUGUCACCGCUACUGCCUUCGAAGGCUGCCGAGUUCAUGAUCCCGCUGAGCCACCAGCACAACUCGGCCGGCGGCGUUCCAGCGCGCAUCGAGGCGUGCAUGUACCUGGUGGAGCGGCUGUACCCUUACGGCACGAGGGUGCUGGUCUGGCACUCGGUCCUUCACAAGAUUCCCGGUCUCGUUGCCGGAAAGCUAAUCGAUGACUUGCACCAGCUGGAAGAGUUCGCUCGUUUCGAGAUGAGGCAGAGCGCCGCUACGGCACCUUGGUUGACGCAGGACGAAGCCGACGUGGCCGUCCUCAAGAUGGAUCGACUGCAGACUGUGCUGGUUCCGGCGUACCGCGACUUGGAGCUUCAGUACCCGCUCUUAGAUCAGCCCACGGUUCGGCUUUCCUCCAACCAAUAUGUGCCAGUACUCGAGACGUACUACAACCUCGUGCGCACGCUAAGGGCCCAGUACUGGUCGACGCCAAACCUGACUUGGUUUCAGGAGCCGCUGCUGCCGUCCGAGAGCGCGUUCAAGGCGGCCUUCUCGUACGACCCGAGCCUCAACAGGCUGUCCAUGUCACCCGCAACCGUCGCGUUCGUGGCCGGCAUAUCGCGCAACCCCGACCACAACGUCGUGCCCUUCUUCCUGGGCCAGCUGCUGCGCGGCAUGUUCUCGGUCAUGGACGUGCGCGGAAGCACAGUGGACGCCGACGGGGAGUUCCUCGGCUGGUGGUCUUCGACGUCCGAGGACCGCUUUCUGGGUCGGGCCAGGUGCUUGCAGGGCGGCUUCGGCGCUGCCGCCCGGCACUUCGUUCAGGACGACCUGGCGGCCUCGGUCUUCCUGGAGGAGAACGUGAUGGACGGCGCCGUGCUGCGGCCGCUGUACAACGUCUUCUCGCGCGUCGUCAAGCAGCGCGCCGACGCGAGCGCCGCCAUCGCGGGCCAGCCGCGCGAGCUGACGCUCCGGCAGCUCUUCUUCGUCAACUGGGCGAGCACGCUGUGCGAGCCACCCGCGACCCACGCGGCCGACGCUGUGCGCAGGAGGCUCCGCUACAAGAUCGGCGUGCCGGCCAGGAUGCGCGUGAACGUGGCGCUCUCGCGAUUCCUGCCGUUCGCGGAGGCCUUCAGCUGUCCGCCGGGUUCGAGGAUGAACCCGGUCAGGUCGUGCUCCUUCUGGUGACGACCAUGUGGCCGUUCCAACGAAGCCCCGCAGCCUCAGCAUUACACAGCUUGACUACGCGGGAAGACUCGAUAUGUUUUUUUUUUUCGCCCACUAAUGCGACGGACGGCUUUCUUGUGGUGCCAUCGGAUCGUUUCGACGCGGCCGCUAAAGUAGCGGCCAGUGAGACUAACCGUGGGCGCUUGUGGCUCGCAUUGCGUGCGUCUGCAGCCUGACUUGAAGCUCGCAAGGCCCAAAUGCGGCAUGGUACUGUGACGCAACGUACUGGUUUCGUUCGCUUUUUUACAAUUUUUGGGAGCAUUUUAAUUUAGAUAUCGCGUUUUUCUUUACAUUGUGACGUUUUCGCUGUGGACGAGUAUCUAUAAGCAGCGUACGUUCACCUGUAAAACCCAUAAAUAUUGAAGAGGAAAUGGCUUCGACCGAACGCCAAGGUGGUA